GCGGAUAUCUAGUCGGUGCUGGUUACUUUCUAUCGAGCGUUGCCUCUUCGCACUCAUCCACUUUCUGCAGCAUGAUUUUAUAUAUCCUGUCUAGAGAUUUGAUUUGCGUCGUUCUAACAUUUUCUUCCGCAAACUUGCUCGGAUUGCGUUUGAAACCACACUAUUCAGGAACGCCGUGAAUAUUAAAGAUGACAGUAUAGUGUAUUAUAUUACAAGAACGCUCGCAGUGCAGCGCACGCUGUGAGGUGAUAUUUACAUUUAAAACAAAGGGAAAGUUGAAGCACCAGCUGCAACCAGCGCGGACCGCAUUCCUGCACCUCUUAACAGAUCACGAUAGUGGCGAGCAGAAGAUGAUGCAGUGGUUUACUGGAAAUGGGAGCUACUGCACUGAGACACGUUAAGCUCUCUCAGGAUGGGCUCCAGUCAUUGACAUUUUAAGCAGCGGAGACUGGAAUCAGUCAAGAAACCAGAUGCCUGCUCAUCUAAUCUUAGCAUCUUCUCCAGCGCUGAGACGUCGAUCUUCAGAAUGACUGUGGUGGCUGGAGAUAAUAUGGAUGAGACCUCGACGCUGCCGGGGCAUCUGCAGGAUUCGUAUUCCCCGGACCACGAGGACCACGAAUGCUGCGAGAGGGUAGUCAUCAACAUAGCAGGGUUGCGCUUUGAGACGCAACUUAAAACACUCUCCCAGUUCCCAGACACGCUACUUGGAAACCCCAAAAAGAGGAUGCGCUACUUCGACCCUUUAAGAAACGAGUAUUUCUUUGAUAGAAACCGCCCAAGUUUCGACGCUAUCCUUUACUACUAUCAGUCCGGGGGAAGGUUAAGGAGACCCGUCAACGUUCCCUUAGAUAUGUUCUCCGAAGAAAUAAAGUUUUAUGAGCUUGGUGUAGAGGCCAUGGAAAAAUUUCGGGAGGACGAGGGCUUUAUUCGUGAAGAAGAACGUCCGUUGCCAGAGAAUGAGUUUCAACGACAAAUCUGGCUCCUCUUCGAGCACCCGGAAAGUUCGGGCCCCGCACGUGGGAUUGCAAUUGUGUCGGUAAUGGUCAUUUUGAUUUCUAUUGUUAUAUUUUGUUUGGAGACAUUACCUGAACUGAAAGAGGAUCCACAGGGACGGCUGCAAACUAUAGGAAACAGCACUUUCUAUUACAAACCAAAUAUUUUCACAGACCCGUUCUUUAUCGUGGAGACACUCUGCAUUAUAUGGUUCUCUUUCGAAUUGAUUGUUCGGUUUUUCGCAUGCCCAAGUAAGGCAGCCUACUUUAAAAAUAUGAUGAACACAAUCGAUGUGGUGGCCAUCAUACCAUAUUUCAUUACGCUUGGCACGGAGCUAGCAGAGGACCCCGAGGGUGGGAAGGAGGUGAAGGGCGGGGGCGAACAGGCCACAUCUUUGGCCAUCCUCAGGGUUAUCCGUUUAGUCAGGGUGUUCAGGAUCUUCAAACUCUCGAGACACUCCAAAGGACUUCAGAUUUUGGGGCAAACAUUGAAAGCUAGCAUGCGCGAGCUUGGACUGCUCAUCUUCUUUCUCUUCAUCGGCGUCAUUUUGUUCUCAAGCGCUGUGUACUUUGCCGAGGCCGAGGAGAAAGAGUCCUUCUUUACGAGCAUCCCAGACGCGUUCUGGUGGGCUGUAGUCUCUAUGACCACUGUGGGCUACGGAGAUAUGUACCCCGUGACUAUUGGGGGAAAGAUAGUGGGAUCUCUGUGUGCCAUCGCUGGUGUGCUAACGAUUGCACUCCCGGUGCCUGUGAUUGUGUCCAACUUUAACUAUUUUUACCACAGAGAAACUGAAGGAGAAGAGCAGGCACAGCUCCUGAAUGUGAGCAAUCCUAACAUCGCGUCCGAUUCCAACUCCAGCCGGCGCAGUUCGUCUAUCGUGAGCAAAUCAGAAUAUAUGGAGAUAGACGAGGACAUAAACAACAGCAUCGACAAUUUUAGGGAGGCAAACUUAAGAACUGGGAAUUGCACCAUCACAAAUCAGAACUGCGUGAAUAAGGGAAAGCUUCUAACAGAUGUGUAGAGCCCCAGUUUAAUCCUGGAGAAACGAAAGACAUCUCUCUUGUAUAUGUACUUAGUGUAAUAAUAAUAUCAGAAUUCCUUCUAUUCCCACAUCAAUGCGUUAUUGCAUAACAUUUAUUUUAACCAUACAUUUAAAACAAGGGAUAUUUCAUUGGGCAUUCGAUUUCAAAUUGUCUAAAUAAGAUACAGAGGUCAUAAAAUAAUAUUUUACGUAAAUGAAAGCCCAAUGAAAGACACGUGACUUCCUGUGAACAGCGUGAUUGUCACAGAAACAAUUACGUAUGGAUUGUUACUAUGACAGGUUGCGCAAAGCCUCCGGGAAUGUUCUUUAGAACGUCUCGAGCGUCUGCAGAUAUUGAUAUGUUCUCUGCGUCUGAGGGUUAUGCGAUGUUACAUCCUGAGGUCCGAUGAACAGCGAUGCACCUUAUUAUUAAAGGAAAAGCAUGGUUUCCUGCCUCGCACUGAGAGUUCCUGCUGGACAAGGGGGCACUUUUCUGAAAGACAUCUGCAAUGCUGCUAUUUCUCCUGCAGAUGCUAAAACUCUUAUUCCAUAAGAUCCAAUGCCAUGCAAAACAUCACAUGGAUUUGAGGAGUUUAUUAGCAUGUCAAAAUAUUCUUUGUUUUUUUGAUAAUGGCAUGCAAAAAGUACCUCAUUAUUUAUAUAUUGUUUGUUUUUUUAUUUAAUUAUUUAUUCCACAUUUAUUUAUGCCCUUAGAACAUUUGCCCUUUAUCCCAUUUAGUAUUACCAAAAGUGCAAUGCUCUUUAUUCAUUGUUCCUGCUAUAAAUUAUUUAACAGCAUUUCUGAGCAGAAUGUUUAAUCUUAAGGUUGGAGAAGUUAAUUAUGGAGACUGUGGCAUGUCUACUAUGAAGCAUAGAGGCCUAAUUGACUCAGGUACUGAGUAUCCCGGUAUCAUUAAUGCAUGACAUCAGUAUUGACGAAUUGGUAAAGGGUCUUUUUUGUAUGUACUUGUAGAUUAAUAAAUGGAUAAAUUCAGAUUUUAACAAAGUAUAUUGCAAAAAUGUAUCUCAGUGGCAUUUUGAAGCAAUGUCAGUACACUCCAGUAUUAUAUCUACAAUGAAUGGGCAUGGAGGUGACACCCACAUAUAAGGAAUGGCAAUUUGGGGGGGGGGGAAGGUACACUAAGUUUUUCUUACUAAUUAAUAUUUUAAGGAACAUAUGUGUCUUCACCAAUGCAUAUGAAAACAGAAUUUGAACAGACUUUGUGUAAACAGGGAUACUUUCCUCUAUAAUCUAGUUAAACAUAACACUUGUAAAGGUUCAAAUGUAUCCACCCCUUUCUUAUGAAUCUGACAAGAACUGAGUCGGCAAUGCAUUACGUAAAGCCAUGCCUGCACUCAUAUACUCCCCUUUAUUGUUUGCAACACAUUUCUAAUUUUACAACAUAUUUAUCAUAGCACUGUAUUUAGUCUGUAAAUGUAGGCCUAAACUAGUAGGAAAAACAUAUUUAUUGGCUCUUUAACUGCAUAAAUUAUGGUUUUAAAGAUAUAAAUAUUUAACAAUCUGUAUACGUUGCACAUAGUGCCUUUAACCCUCUAACUGACAGAACUGUUAAAAGUGCCUCCAAGUACAAUAGGAAUGAUUUACUGUGCAGCUCCUUUUAACCUACUGUAUGAUGAAUAUUCAAGGAUCAAUCUGAAUAUCAUUUGGACUAUUGUAGUCAGAAUAUGCACAGCAAAGCUUGUGCAUAACUACAGAGGUUUUCUAGUAAUGGAACAUUCUAGAAUGAACUAGGAAAAUCACAUGGUGCAAAGACAUAAUGAUUGGGAAAAUCAGACUGACGUACAAAGCAAGAACAGUUAAAUCUCAGAAGAGGUACUAUAGUGUGGGCUAUUUCAAGAUUUGUCCCUUCAAAUCGUUGUACAUAGACCUCAGUAAAUGAUUUAUCAUUAUUGUACAGAGAAUAGCUCGGAUGAUAUAUUUUUCAUCUCUUUUGCUGCAUUUUAAUUUUUUUGCUUUUUUUUUGCGCCAUACCAUAAUAAGCCUUUUUAUGUGUUUGUCUACCUCAGUGUGCGCAUGUAUGGAGUGUUUGUAAAACCUAGAGGCUUAACCUGCAGCCUGGAAUUUUUCCAAGGUCAUGAACCACAGUCUUAUAGACAUAAACAGAUAGACAGACAGACAGACAGACAGACAGAGAGAUAGAUAGAUAGAUAGAUAGAUAGAUAGAUA